GCUCGCCGAAGACACCGUGAUCGUAUUUCUUUCUUUCUUUCUUUCCUUCUUUUUGCAUCUCUUGAGUUGGGUGUUAAUUUUCUGUUGGGAUAAUUGGUUGGAGCGAUUGCUCGGUGCUGCACUGACAAGCGCAUCUCUGGGGAUCGUGGUUUUGGAGCAGCGCAAAAAAUUCUAAGUUGGUUUUAGCCCGCCUUUCUCCCUAUUAACCAUUUUGAUAGCGGAAUUCGAAAAUUUCGUAACAGAUCAACUACUGUAUCGCGAAUUUGUGCCCUUCCAUGUCUCCUCUUUCUAUCUAUCUCUACUUUUCAUCACCCUCUUCCUGAUAUCCCACGCCGAAGACACCGUCAUCAGCGUUCAGCGAUUGCCCGUUGCUGCACUGGCAAGCGCAUCUCUGGGGAUCGUGGUUUUGGAGCCGAGCAAAAAUAUCUACGAUUCAAUUUCCGACGAGAGAUUCGAAAUCGCUAUUCAAUCUAAGAUUUCUUUACACCCAAUGGCUACAUUCAUUGGUGAAUUGUCCACAGAAUUGAGUGGUAUUUUGUCAAACAAGCUGAAAGACGAAUUUUUGGCCAUUAAAGGAGUUAAUCAUGAUAUAGAGAUUUUGAAAAAAAAUCUAGAUACCAUAGACAGAGAACUACAACUUGCAGAUCUUAAGAACAAUUUCCAUGUCAACAUGUCACUGUGGCUUAUGAGGUUGACUGAUACUCUAUAUGAUAUAGAAGAUGUUCUAGAUGAAUUGGAGUACCGGAAAACACAGUUAGAAAAGAGUACUAAAUGGGAGCGGUUUCUAUAUUCAAAUCUGCAAAUCAUGAAGUUUAAAUAUUGUAGACCUCUUGUGCAGGAGAUCAGAAAAAUUAGCAACAAUUUGGAAUUCAUUGCCAAUGAAAAAGGAAGUGGCAUCAUGCAAGGUGGACAGUCUCUCUGGCAAAUAUCUUCCCAUUCCAUUGGUAGUUUAGCGUCAGAUAUUUAUGGCAGAGAUGAUGUGCUGCAUCUAAUCACAGAGACACUUUUGUCCAACCAAAGAACUGCCCCAUUGGCUAUUGUUGGAAUUGCCGGAGUUGGCAAAACUGCCCUGAACCAGGUUUUGUAUUCUGAUCCAACAGUGAAGAAUCAUUUUGAUAUCAAACUAUGGGUAUCUGUGUCUCGACGCUUGGAUUUAAAAAGAAUUGGUAGAGAGCUUCUGGGUGUAGUGAAUGGUGCAGUGAAUGGUCAGUCAAUCUCUGACACAAUGAUCUUUAAAAAGAUUGCUGAGUGUAUUUCUGGGAAGAGAAUUUUUUUGGUGCUGGAUGAUGUUUGGAAUGGGCAAGGUACAGAUUGGAGUUCUCUGCAUGUUGCAUUUCAAUCUGCAGCUCCUAGCAGCAGAAUUUUGAUAACAACUCGGAGUUGCAGGGUCGCAAAAGAAAUGGAUGCUAUGAUAUUCCAUCUAGGAUUACUCAAUUUGCAUGAUAGCUUCAAGUUGAUGGGUGAUGCUUUCAAGGACAGAGAUCUGGAAGAAUGUCAAAGACUAAAACAAGUUGGACUGAGGAUUGCAGAAAAAGCUGGUGGUCUUCCAUCUGCUGCCAUAACACUUGGUUCUCUUCUGAGAUUUAAGACUGAGUAUGAAGAUUGGGAGCAAGUGCUGAAAACUCCCAUUUGGGAUAUUAAGGCUGUUGUGCAGAAGGUAUUUGUUCCAUUUUUACCAAACUACCUGGACAUGGAAUUAGAUGUCAAGAGGUGUUUUUUAUUUUUGUCCCUUUUCCCAAGGGGCAGUAAUUACAAUUCAAAUGAGAUCAUCAACUUUUGGUGCUCUCAAAAGUUUGUUAAGUCAACUGCAGAGGGCAAAGAGAAUUUGGAAAUGCUGGUGUCUUUAAGCUUUCUCCGAGUAGCAGAACGGGAUAAUGAAGGAAAUGUUCUUUCCUACACCAUGGAUAAUAUAAUCCAUGAUUUGCUGACUUGCUAUUCAGCAAAUGAGGUAGUUUUUCAAGAGGUGAAGGAUAAGGAGAUGGUUGUUUUGCCUUCAAAAGUACUAAAGACGCGACACUUGGGACUCGUUGGUGUACCAUCAGAUUUGAGUGGUUCAACAAAAUUGAGGACUCUAAUUGUCACAACAGAGCAACAGGUUGAAGACAGUAAAGGCGAGGAUUUGAAACACCUGUUUUGUCCCUGUCUAAGGAGUUUGGAUUUUCACACCUCAAGAGGUAGCUCCUAUUCUUUGUUUCAGAGGGGGCUUCCAAAAGAAUUUUCGAAGUUAAUACAUUUGAGACGGCUCAAUUUGUCUCACAAUGACAGCAUAUCUCGACUUCCAAAUUCGCUUUGUCUGCUCUAUAAUUUGAAGAUUCUUCUCCUAGAAGCUUGUCCAAUGUUAAAGACCUUACCCAAGAAGAUUGGUAAUCUUGGAAAGCUGCAGGAAUUGAAUACCAAUGAAUCUGGUAUCAGGCAGUAUCCAAAAGGGGUGAAACUUCUGAGUUUGCUUACUAGUUUAAAUGGGAUAUAUGUUCAAUUGGAUGCAAACGGGAAAUAUUUCUCUCUUGAGAAUUUUGAAAACUUAAAUCAACUCAUCCUUUGCAUAAAAGGGAAUUUAAAGGAAGGAAACGACGAGGAGCUAGGGUUUUCUUCUGAAGAGCAUUGUGCUUCCACAGAAGUUGGAAGAUACUUUGUUUGGUGUCUGGGUUCUCCAAUCGAAACAAGGAAGAAGAACGUCGGCCCUCUGAACAAGUUUGAAAGGUAAAAAAAGACCUCAACUUGUAAAUCGGUAUAUGAUUUACUGAUUUCUGUAGCCGUUGUGUAAAUGCUAGGGCUGGCCCAUGCUUGCUUGGUAGCACGUGAUGGUUAUGGUGUUUGUUUAGUCUAAGGUUUGACCCUUUUUUUUUUUUUUUGAAAAUGGGAAAUGGAACUUUUAUUAUUAUUGUUGUUAUUAUUUAUUUUUGCUAUAAAUGCUUACAUAUAUC